AUUUGUUUCAUUCAUCUCCAUUCAUGUUAAUUCAUGCCAUUUCAUGCAUGUGCAUCUGAAUUGAUAGUACGCUUGGAUUGUACGCACCACGCGCUAUUCUCCAUGUGUAAAAUACAGCUUUAGAGAAUUCAGAUUAUCGAAAUUUUUGUACGAUAAAUUAGUACGAUUGAUUGCAGAUUUAAAUAUAUAUAUUAAAAAUAAUGGAGGCUCUGCAAGAAAUUUCUGAAUAUUUAAGUCCCAACAACCGAUUUGAUCUAAAACUCUGCGCGCUGCAACACGUGCUCCAUGUGACGGGGACUGCUGAUGGUCGAGAACUCCUGUUGAAGCAACCAGAAAUAUUGAAGCAAUUUGUUAUUUUUGUACAAGAUUCUUGUGCUCCUAUUAGCAAAUGUGCUGCACAGACAUUAGUAAAUAUUACUGGAGAUGAAUCAGGAACUAAUGCAAUGCUGAUUAUUUCGGAAUCGAAUAAUUCAACAGAGAAAAAUAAGUCUAAUUUGGCUGCCCAAGAACCUAAUCAAAAUUUAAUAAAAAUUUGUCUAAGUGCCAUAAUGGAUAAAUCCAGUACCCUGGCAGAUCUGUGUUGUAUGAUACUUUCUAAUAUGACUAGACCUUUCCAUCUAGUAGAUAGAGUGAUAACACUUAUCGAGCAAACAGGUUAUAGCUGGGAUGAAAUAGUAGCUGCAUUUACCGCAAAGCAGUACAAUACUACAGGCAAUAAAUUGCACUAUCUUGGGCCUGUCUUUAGCAAUCUCAGUCAAUCGCCACAUGUAAGAAGAUAUUUGAUGGAUCGAGAUCGUUGCGUCAUUCAACGGCUACUUCCGUUCACAGAGUAUUCUGCCAGUUUAAUUAGGCGAGGUGGUGUUGUUGGGACCUUGAAAAAUUGCACUUUUGACACAGAAAAUCACGAAUGGUUACUAAGCCCCGAAGUGGAUUUAUUAUCACAUCUGCUGUUGCCACUUGCUGGUCCGGAAGAGUUUGACGAUGAAGAUAACGAUAAAUUACCAAUUAAUUUGCAAUAUCUUCCUGAAACAAAAACUCGAGAGGUAGAUCCAGAUAUAAGACUUAUGCUUUUAGAAGCAUUAAAUCAACUCUGUGCAACGAAAGUAGCUAGAGAAAUAUUGAGAGAAAAAAAUGUAUAUAUCAUACUUAGAGAGCUUCACAAAUGGGAAAAGAACAAGAGCUGCUUAUUGGCAUGUGAAAAUGUCGUGGAUAUCUUAAUAAAAACUGAAGAAGAAAUUGGUUUAGAUAACUUAAAAGAGGUAAAAGUACCAUCUGAAUACACAAAGACAUUCCAUAAGAUGGAUGAAGACUUUAUUAGCAAUACAUAGAUAGUGCAAAAGUUUAUAUAUUAUAAAUAUGUAUAAUAUUCGGUAAGUAUUGCACAUACAGUGUACAUAAUACCUAUCUAACGAAGAAACGAACAUAAAAAAAUGGUAAUUUAUAACACAUUCGACUCUUUGUAUCGCAUUUCUCAUAUUGCACUGCCCCGUUUAUCAUUAAUAAUAAGCUAUCAGGUCCAGCGUAGCAAAGAAAAAUCAUAGCUUGAUCUUUAAUGCUUACAAGUAAGUACUAGUUUUUAAAAUCGGAGUAAAGAAUAUAAAUAAUUUUUAUUUUUUGUAACUUAUACACUAAAAUCUCAUCUUUUUCAAGAUGAAACAGGUA